GAAGGUAGCUUAAGCAUUGCCCAGGAAGAAAUAAGCAUUGCCAGCAAAGCUUCUGUGUAGCUCUCCGAUCGACACAAUUAUUGACACUUCUAGUGUAAUAGUGAGAUAUUAAUAUAGAACAUCUGACCUUUGAUGAAUAGAAACUUCAUACAGUCACACGAGUCUGUGUUGUGACGCGUCCAUUUUGUGUACACCUUUAAGCCUUAAAAGACACGUGUUACGGCCAAUUAAAACGCAAGGCAUCAGUACAUAGCGAGAGUGAGUCGAUUUUUCGUAGGAACACGAGCGACCAAUGGAAGGGAGAUCCCAGUGAACAACACAGGAAACAGCAAUUGCUGCCUGGCUCUAUAACUUGUACACCGCCUCACCUAACUAGUGGCAUGGUAACAAAGCUUUAAUAUUUCAGUAGGGCUUGCUACAUACUCUAAGCAUGCGUUAAGAAAAAGACCAUGUGGCUUAUAAAGCGGGUUUCCAGGUAUUAGUGUGAAAAACUGAGAAUGCCUUCAAUAUGCAACCUCGAUUGGAGUGUCUUCAAUCUACUUCUCAUCUUGAGCGUUGGGAUUAUCGGAUCCGUGCAAGCUGACACUACCAAUGUAUUUAUGUCCAAAGAGAAACAGCUCAUCAAAAAGUUGCUUGACCGGUAUGAGCGAUAUGGCCGAGUUGGCAGACCGGUGGUCAACACAAGUGACAGCAUCUUGGUCCAUUUUAAAAUCUCACUCAUCCAGAUCCUCAACGUGGAUGAGAAGAACCAAGUUCUUGAGACUAACGUCUGGUUCGAAUACACAUGGAAAGACGUGAUGCUGACUUGGAACGCCUCAGAACACGAGAACAUCGAAACAGUGCACGUGCCGCACGACCGAGUAUGGCUACCGGACAUUGUUCUUUAUAACUUUGCUGAUCCACGGUUGAAGGAGCAAAGAGAAGCCCUAGUUGUUGUGGCAUCUAGUGGCCAUGUGCUAUGGAUGCCUCAGGCGAUUUUGAGAAGCUCCUGUCAAUUCGACACGACAUAUUUCCCAUUUGACGAGCAGAAAUGCAAGCUCAAAUUUGGCUCAUGGACGUACGAUGGCAAGAAAUUAGGCUUACAGUUCAAGGAUGAUCUAGAACAAUUUUCACUGUCCGAUUAUAUGAAAGGGACGGAAUGGACGAUUACGGAAAACUUUGCCAUCCGGAGAGAGGAAUUUUAUGAGUGUUGUCCCGAUACGCCCUAUCCGGAUUUGACGUUCCAUUUAAGCAUCAAACGGAAAGUGGCGUUCUACAGUUUUAUACUUAUCCUUCCGUGUGCUCUGCUCUCAACCCUUACGCUGGUCAUUUUCUGGGUUCCUCCGGAAUCACCGGCCAAACUCGUUCUAGGUAUGAACGUAUUUGUGGCCUUUUUCGUGCUGCUGUUGCUGCUCGCCGACUCUACACCGAAAGCUGCAGAUUCCAUACCCCUCAUAGGUGCGUAUUUCUGUCUGAGUAUGGUGAUGAUUACAAUGUCGACAGUCCUCUCUACCAUAGUGGCCAAUAUGUUCUUCCGCGGCGUGAGAAUUAACAGGGCGCCCGCCUGGCUUAGAAAGUUCAUGAUUGAUAUCGUCGCCAGAGUAUUCAUGAUACGGGACAAACUGAUUGAAAAGCAGGAGGAACAACCACAAAAGAAUAGUUGGAACAUAAAGUAUACAGAUGGCGCCACGUCUAAACUUCCGGAAACGGAAAUGAAAUUCGCCAAAGUAAGAUUACUGGACGAAGGAAAAGAGGACGGUUAUGAACAAAACAACAAAGACUGUAAUAUUGAGAGGCUCAACAUCAUUCGCUCGAGUCUCUCCGAGGACAUCAGGAUCAUUCGUGAGAUCCUUGAAGCAUACCGAGACAAGAAAUCGAAGGCUGAGCAGAAGGAGAAAUACAUACGCGAAUGGAAGGUCAUCUGUUGUAUAACAGAUCGCUUGUUCUUUCUGAUGUACUUGGUCAUCAAUAUAAUUGGUAUCGUUAUUAUUUUCUUCGUGAUCGUCUAGCUUGUUUAGGUAUGUGUGGAUGAUAUCAAACUUUGAACUGGAUUAGAAACUUGACACAUCAUUAAUCUCUCGGGACCAUCAUCAAGUGUUUGACAAAAUCGAGAACCAGAUAUAUUACAUAGAUGUUUUGGUCGAAACCGCACACGUCAGAAAUAUGUCUAAUCCAAAACCGGAAACGUCAUCAAUCUCCCUGGACCUAACACAAACAUGUCACCAAACUGUCUGAACCAAAAUGGAAGGUUAUAAAUGUUUUGCUGGACAAAAACGCAGUGACGUCAUAAAUAUAUCUGGACCGGAACCAGAUGUAUCGCAUACACGUCUAGAGAAAAUCAAGAACACUUCUCCCUGGAACUAAUUUGCAAAUCUUUACUAAUCUUUAUGAAUGGACAGAGAUACGACGAAAAUAAAGUGACUCUGGACAAAAAUCAGAAGGUCCACAAUCAGUCUGACAUGGAAACAGACAGUCACGAAUCUGUCUGGAUCAUCAUCACCGAGAACCAGAUACGUCAGAAAAUGUCUGGACCAACAGCCGACAUGUCAUCAAUAUUUAUCUGCAUUGUCAUCACAAAUAUGAUUGGAUCAUCACUAAACUUACUAGACAGAUAGCUAAACAUGUCAUAAUCAUGUCUGGACAGUGUCCGGGUGUAGCUCAUGCCUCUCUACCUAAUUAUAGAUCUAACAAGUACGCAUCCGUUUUUAUUCUUCCUACUGGUUUCAGAUUUAACAAAACAAGACAAUCGUCACCAAUCUCACUAUAGCUCUUUCGAUGUUCAGUUGGUGUAUGUUCUCAUAGCAAACAUGUCUUACGCUUACAUUUCUUUGUGUAAUAGUCUUUGGUUGUUUUGUAUACGCGGUACCUAGUGUGGUUUAUAUACUAGAUUUUAUAAUAAUUAUUAUUAUUAUAUAUAUAUACUUGGAUCCAAACUAUGUGUAUGUAUGUGUCUGACAAUCGUGUACUUCUACACAAUCGCAUGUUACAUCGCUAUGAUGAAAGACGAAGUGCAAAAUGAAGUUGGAUGAUGGGAUUUGAAACCCAAAACGAUCGUGACUCUUUCGAAAGUGAAAUAUAAAUGAGAGUAACUGUUGCUCCUUUUGUCCCCGCCCAGCAUGUGCGUGACUAAAUAGCAUCCCACAUCUUUAAUACGAUAAACCGUAAGAGAAAGUGCUAGGGUAGUCUUGUUUCGAGAACUGGCAGGUUGCAGGGACCCUAUCGGGGCUGUCAUUAUUCCUGAUCCCAGCGGCCUACUCGCUGCUUCGCACAGUAGAAAGCUUGGCUGACUCUCAAAAUCGAGGACUUUUGGCUGGAUAAUGUAUGCCACAAAGCAAUAUGUCUUUUUGCUCCUUAGACAGCAAAGAGCGUCACCCAUGGGAGGUAAUCGCGUAAUUGUUUCAUUAUUUUCGAAACGGACUUGGCAGACGAAUGUGAUGACUGAUGGUAUAGCAACCCGUGUUAGAUCAUAUUAUAAUCAACACUGUCGUAUUUCUCCCCCGACACUUUUGUCUUCUCCAACUCCAAUAGAUUACGCAACGAAGCUGGGAAAAUGUGGACACUCAAAAACCACGUGUUGAUUCGCCAUGUUUCCAUGGUUGUUUGUUUUUCUCGAUUUUUCACUUGAAUAAUGUUGACUGUUGGACAUAUAUUUGUGGGGAUUUUAGUAUCUGUGACGACACAACGUUCUCAGACUAUUUCUGUCGUGCGCGAACACUGCCAUGAACGUACUGACGUCAUGAUAUCGAAUUCGUCUUCUUUUAGUGACGUCAUCACACAGACUGUUACCUGUGUCGUACAACAGUCUGUGCUAUUCCUAACUUUUCAAUGCCAACUAAACUUAUUAAAUAUUUGAAACAUGUUUUCUAUUGAAAUUAAUUAUACGAUUCUAGCGGCAGAUCGAGAAGGGAUUCCUGCAAGACAGGAAACUCUUCAAUCUUGUCUCUUUUUCUUUUUGAACCCAUUUUUUUUUUAUUUGGAAUUGGUUUUCUAAAUUAAAAACGUGUAAUAUAUAGGAUUUCGAGAUCCGUCUCUGGGCUCUGCAUGUAAACGUGUUGCUCCAUUUUUAAGUAUUAUCAAUGGGCAUUAUUUACUGCUGAGAUGAGGGUGUGCCGUCUGUGUGGAAGAAAGGUGGUACUUUAUUUCUACAUUUCUUGCUUUUUAAUAAACACUUAAUAUAGAUAUUGCAUCUAACUAGCAAUUUUAACGUUACAUUGUAUUGUUGAAGUUAUAUUGUAUGCGAGUAAAAAAAAAAUUGUAUGUAAAUAUUAACAGAGAACUAGGUAUUAGUUUUUUUUCAAAUACGAAUUAAAACUGCAUUAUGUUCAUUCAUUGUAAAUAAUCAUGCGCGUGCACAACCGGUUAGGUAAGCACUAUUCAUUUCAAAAUGAAUAAUCAAAUUGUAAAUUUCCUGUCAAGUGGUCACGUGAUGGAAUGAAUUAUCACAUGACCAAGCAAGUUCGUCUUUAAGAACUUGCUCAUCAUUGUUUUCUUUAGAUUCUUUCCUUUUAAUUAAUUUUUCACUGUGAAAGUUGUUUUUGUUACGGUUACUUGCUUGUACCCACACCUCAGUCCAUGGAGAAUAUUCCGGUAUUAAGUAUCAAAUGCUAUAUAUGUAUAGAUGUAAUUUAUAUGUGUGUCCGUCUGUUCCAGCGUCUGACCUGUACAUACCAGAAAAGACAUCGCCUACAUAACUGUGAAGUAAAUCACAUGGACAAAUCUGAUUGGAUGAUCAGGAUCUUUCACGAGUUUAACCGUUGUUGUUUUCAUAUAUAUAUAUAUAUCAUCAUCAUGAAAUGUAUCACUGUGUUUUAUCUAACAACAACUGCCAAAAGUUCAUUUUUAAUCCAAAGGAUGUCUAUAGUUUCAUGGACCAGCUAACGCCUACAAUGGAUAGUCUUGAUAAUUAUAGAGACAGAAGUAUUGUCCACGCCAAGGUGACCAAAUGUGCGGUGUCAAUAAAUUCGGUUGACAACCAGGAGAGGAGUCAUUGACAACAUAGUUCAUGAUGCAGGGACGGCGUUCACAAGGCAUGAACUGCAACCUCUGGGAUAUCAUGAUGAGGACUUCUCUUCUUUGAGGUUAAAUUAUUAAAAGAAAUUGAUAUAAACAUAUAUAUAUACAUACAUACAUAUAUAUUGCGUGCGAUACAUUCAUGAAAUAACUUUUGUUGUACAAUGUAAUUAUUUUAGAGAUAUAUAUUCUUUUACUUUGCUGCUGAUAAAAAGACAUUGUAAUAUAGUUACGUAGAAUUAACACAGGGGAAAAGUAGUUGCUUUUUAGACACCCAUAAUCACAUUUCCCUUAUAUCAUAUUAUAUGUAAGCGCAUGGGAGGCGCAUACGGGCGCACGUUAGGCGCACAAGAUGCGUCCGGAUUAUAUCCAUCGUUGCCAGAGAAGGCAGCGAAAAGACCCUGACAACGAAUACGUAUAUUAAAGCGAGAUAAAGUAGGGUGAGGCCAUAUGUUCCCCUGGGACCUGCAUGGGUGAUAUACGCCAAUUAUUAUAUAUGUGUGUCUGUGUGUCGAAACACCCAAAGUACCCAUCUUUGUCAAUGCGUGUGUUAUAUCGUUAUAAGAAAUGACAUCUGUCUUAAGCGGUGCCAAAAUGCAAGUCACUAUAAAAAAACAAUUUUGGGGAAGAAAUCAGUUUUCUAAUUAUUUUAAUCCUUAAACAACAGCAUAGAAAGAUAUCAAAGCCAAACUUCACUAGGUACGAAGAUAUAUGUAAAUACUUCAAAACAUCUUCAAAAUUAAAACACAGCAGGAUAACUACUUAUAACCGGAAAUGACUACUCUUUUUUUAAAUAGACUGUCCCCCGUCUCCAGUAUAUUGAAAUUUAUCCAUUUGAAUUUUUGUAAUUUUUGUCUUUUGGAUAUGUCUGGUUCUAAGUUUCAAACUGGUGGGUUAUAAUCUAGUGACAAAAUUUAGCUGGGCAAUUAUCUACAAAAACUUAGGAGCUGGUAAGCCAGUAUAUGUUUUGAACACAGGUCUUUGUUUUGUAUAUAGGCACCCAAGCAAACUAAAAACGCCCCCUUGGAAGAAAACAAUAUAGCAGCACUUAAAUGUCCGUGUAUAAAGUUAUGGGUUGUCGAACGCCAUAAUUAUUAGAAUUUCUUUAUCUAAGAGAAUUAGAGCAUCAGCCGAAAUUGCGAUGCUUGAACAGUAUAUCACUUUACUCUAUGCAGAUACCAUAACCCUGUAUGUUAUUUUUGUGCAGGUAUGUAUACCGACUUUGAUCCGCUAGAACUUGCACCGCUGUAUGUUUGCUCCCUUGUAAUGCAAUAGCCACGAUAUCGUUCCAUAUAAAGAAUCAACGAAUAAAGACACAUCACUAUCUGUU